ACAAUUUUAGAUUUAUAAACAUUUCAGAUAAAAGGAAGUAUGGAAAUAUUUCAUUAAUAAAUAUAUCUUCUUCUGCCACCAAGACUAAAUCAGAUUUCUAGAAUUAUAAUGGUAGACCAGUCUCAAAACUAAGGUGUUUGAUUGGCUGAUGAUUAGACUAGCCUUUAAAUUGACCAAUGGCUAUCUUGCCCUCUGAGACUGAUCUCCAAAGACAAUGCUAAAGUUUCUUUGUUCUGUAUCAUUGUUAAUUUCGCAAAUAUUCAAAUGGGAAACCGUUCAUAGUUACAGACAGUUUAAUUAAAUAUCAAUGUUAAACAUCAAACAGCAUGAUGUACACGCCGGCAGGAAGGAAACUUAUUUUUCACUACUUCCCGAGGUGUAAGAUAGCAUAUUUCCUUGAUAACCGGACAAAUGCAGUGUACAUCGGUAAACAAGUUGACGUCAUAACGUCUCCGUCUUUGACGUCAAUGUCUAUAGUACGUCAUUGCUUAGGAACCGCGUCGUUUCGAUAGGCAUAGAAUUGACAGCGUUUGAAAAUUCGCAACAUUUUUACCAAUUCAACACAACAUAACAAUAAAAUAUGAGCAACAACAGUUCAGAAAGAGAAAAAUCACGUCGCUGGAACAAUUCCACAGCUGAGACUUGGAACUAUGCAGAUAUAUCUAAACCAGCACCUGUAAGGUUAGACGACACUUCUCACGGUUCCUUGUCCUCAACAAACUUAGCCGCAUAUGACUGGAACCUGCCAGAUACACGUGACAUUCUUGAUCUGCAGAGAAUUGCAGAAAAUAUGGCGGAAGCUAGAAGAAAUAUGAAUUCUAGACAAAUUGACGAAGCUGAACUCAGACGGUACACCCCGCUUGCUGAAGCCGACUUUGAGGAAAUCAGAAAGACUGAUGAUCUUCUUGAACAGGCAUAUGAUUUAUAUUUAAUACCUGCAUUGAGCAGAGCUCCGCGAGUAAAACGCAAAACAAAAGCACUGAUUGCACGACUUGAGAGUAAGCCCCAUUUCUACUGUCCAUAUGAACGGGAAGAACCCACCAAAGUCCAUGUUAGUCGCUGGCUGAACAAGUACACUGCCAGCCCAGAGGAAGAUUUGCUUGGCUUCACAUCUAGAGAUCCUUAUGAGCCGAAGAAGUUCAUUUCCACCGUUGAGCCCAGAGCUGUAAACAGUGAUACCAAUGUGGUUCUUGGAAAACGAAAGAGAGAAAGAGAUGAGGAGGAAACAGUGUGUGUUAGCACGAGUAGCUCGGAGUCCAGACUGGUCUGUGACCAUAGCAACAGACCGAAGAAAUUCAGAAGGGCUCGUUGAAUAUUGAUUACACUGUUUUCAUAUUAUCAAAAGAAUAUAUUAUUUUGUAAUUCGAUUAAAAUGAAAUCAUAUUCAAAAGUGUUUGUUGUUGAUAUAAAAAUUUUAUUACAAGAAUUAGUAAAUUUAAAUCAGUGCUUCCACUGUAAGAUUAUUUUUAUAUAGUGUAAUACGCGAUUUAAAAGGAUUAAGAUUCAUUGGCCUUUUUUUUACCACAUUCAACAGUGUGAUGCGGUAACUGAUAAUAUCUGAGAAAAAAACCCCGAUUGAUCAUGUAAGGUCUAAUUUAGUAUUAAAGGAAACAGAUCGGACGCCAUCUGGUCUAUCGUGUAAUGGCGUCAAGAUUACUGAACACUAAUUUUUCAAAUAGGUGGACAUAGGCUAGUUUUUGUUUAAAUGUCAUUGACAUUUGAUAUUUUUUGACAUUUUGGUAGUUUAAGAAAAAAAUGAGAGGCUUGUAUUUGAAGUAAUACGUCAAAUUUUACUAUGAGUAGUAAUACCAGGUCACAGCACUAUAAUUUUGAUGUGAUUUUCAGUAAGUCAAUAUUACAGAAAAAUAUUUCUUAGAAGAUAUAUGACCCUUACUUUUCUCCUAGUUUUAUUUCAGUUUUUAGGAUAGCCUUUUCUCAGUUUAUACUCUGAAAUGGGUCUAGCUAUGUGUGGUAGCUCACAUUGUGUAUAGACUAUACAGGGAAUAUGAGGUCCGUCCAACCAUUUGUAAAACACUUGCUGAAAGACGUAGUUGAAAAUUAAAUGAAAAUGGGACACCCGUAGAUACAAAUACAUAUAUUCAAAUAUUUUGAACGUUUGCAAGACUUUUCAAUUGAUUUAAAUCGAUGUUUCAUAUCAAACAGUAACCAUAUUUGUUUGGUACCUCAGUAUGACAUAUUACAUAAUUCUAGCUUCACAUUCGUGUCAGUGCAAAUUAUGUUGCGGUUAGAUUAGAAACCCCUACAGAAAGUAUUAAAUGACAGAAUCGUUUUCUUAAAAAAGAAUAAACCGAUACAACACAUUCUACAUGCAUUAAAUUUAACUGACAUACGAGCUUUGCAGUAACUUUACUUAUUUAUUGGUAGGCAGAGUUAUUUGCAAAUCUUACUUGAACAUUUUAUUUUCAUACAACAAAGUAUUUAGCCACAAAUCUAUCAGCUAAAGCCAGUAAUGAUUCAGUUCAAUUUUAGGUAACACUGUUAAGAUUGGUUAGCCACAAACCCGGUUACUAGUACUACGCUUAAGUGUAUCAACUUGAAACUUGCUCGUGUCGUUUUUGACGCAUUUCUUGUAACCUGUUAUAGUUACGGUGUAUGUUAGUGAUUGGCAAGAUUUACGCUAUACAACUCCAGUUGUAUUUGGCAUACCGAAUGGUUCUAGGGACCCUGUUGUUAUUUUUUAUCUUGGAAAGUACUAAACACAAACCUCGCAACAAGAGCUAUGACUCUCCUGAAGCGAACAUCCGUUAUUUGCAGAAUUUAGCGUAGUCCUCCUUUAGUUUGCGACAACGAUUACCUUUUUGUAACAACUUUAUGAUAACAAUACUUAGGAAGCUCUUUUAAAAGAGCAAUUUUGUCUCAAUACAUGUCUUCUUUAUCAUU